UUCAGCCCUGGUUUUUCAUCAAGCUCAGAAAAUUGGAAAACAUCACAGGGUGUGGAUGCUUUAUCAUGCACCGACUGCAUCAACAUUUUGAGCCAUCAUGGAUCCUCAACCAGGUGGAUCAGGAAUCACCACAGCCAAUUUCUACAGGAAUGGAAGAGUAUAUAGGCCACGGGUUAUGCAUCAAUUUCUGUAUUCAAGUGACACAGAAGAUAUUGUUGAACAUGCUGUGGAUGAGGUGGAAGAUGCUUACUCACCACAUGAGUCUGAGGAAGAGCCGUCUUCUGAUGGGGAGGAAUUGUACUGGGAACAUAUUCAUAGCAGAGAUGAAGCACCUACAGUUCCCAUAUAUGAUGUCAGCGACCGCAGUGAGAUUGAAGAGGACAUAUCUCUUCCAGUAAAUCUGUUCAGAAUUUUCUCAGAUGAGCUCUUGGAUAUGGUUGUUCAGCAGUCUAAUCUAUAUGCAGUUCAAUAAAAUACUAACAAACCACUUAGAGGUACCUAAGAGGAAGCAAAUGUCCCUACGUGAAUUCAAGCUCAAACUUGCAGAUUCUCUUUUGUC